CGGCGUGGGCGGGGCCGCAGGGGGUUGUCCGCCCGCGGCACGCACAGCAGCCGCAGCCGCCUCGCGCACGGUCCCGCGGUCGCAGCUCGAGCCGCAGCCUUCGCGUCCCCACCGUCGCCUCAGCCGCUCGCUUCGUGGGUCGGUGUCUCCGGCACACGGGCUCCAGCCGCGCCGCAGCUGCCCUCUAAGCCCUUCAGGCCGCCCAGGUCUCCUCGCCCGGCCCGACCCAGCCCGCGAAGAUGGUGGACCGCGAGCAACUGGUGCAGAAAGCCCGGCUGGCCGAGCAGGCGGAGCGCUACGACGACAUGGCCGCGGCCAUGAAGAACGUGACAGAGCUGAAUGAGCCGCUGUCCAAUGAAGAAAGAAACCUCCUUUCUGUGGCCUACAAGAAUGUGGUUGGGGCACGCCGUUCUUCCUGGAGGGUCAUUAGUAGCAUUGAGCAGAAGACCUCUGCAGAUGGCAAUGAGAAGAAGAUAGAGAUGGUCCGUGCUUACCGUGAAAAAAUAGAGAAGGAGUUGGAAGCGGUCUGUCAGGAUGUGCUGAGCCUGCUGGAUAACUACCUGAUCAAGAAUUGCAGUGAGACCCAGUAUGAGAGCAAAGUGUUUUACCUGAAGAUGAAAGGGGACUAUUAUCGCUACCUGGCUGAAGUAGCCACUGGAGAGAAAAGGGCAACUGUCGUGGAGUCAUCUGAGAAGGCCUAUAGCGAAGCCCAUGAGAUCAGCAAGGAGCACAUGCAGCCUACUCACCCCAUUAGAUUAGGCCUGGCUCUUAACUACUCCGUUUUCUACUACGAGAUCCAGAAUGCCCCAGAGCAAGCAUGCCACUUGGCCAAGACCGCUUUCGAUGACGCCAUCGCUGAGCUCGACACUCUCAACGAGGACUCCUACAAGGACUCCACUCUCAUCAUGCAGCUCCUCCGUGACAACCUAACGCUCUGGACAAGCGAUCAGCAAGACGACGAUGGUGGAGAAGGCAACAAUUAAGGCCCCCAGGUGGACUGGCAGCGCACGCUGAUGCUACUACUGCAGUCUUUAUUUUUUUCCCAUGAGUUGGGGUCGGGUGGGGGAGGGAAAGGGAGGGCUGACCUUCCUAGGGAGAAACCCACGACCUGUCCUGUCUUUGAUCGCCUCUUUGACAUUUUUGCCAAAAUACCACUAGUGGAAAGUCAGGCUAGCUGUGCUGGUAUUGGAAUAGCAGCCUCACACUGGCAUAUGGACUGUUCUGUAGAUUCAUGCAAGUGGAGCUGUCUGUCUUUAAUUUAACUUAUUGCUAGGUAAUAGGGUUUAAGAUGAAAAGAAAACUUAAAUGGAAUGGCCCUCAUUCAAUAAGUUCUGUGGUUCCAGUAAGGAUUUUUAUGUACAUAUGCUCUUGUCUUAAGUUUUGGGUACUUUCUAUCUCAUCUGUUUUAGCUGUGCAGUUUUUUUAGGGCGUACUCUACCAGACAUGGAAUAGUUUAAAUCCCAAACUGGCAGACUUAGAACAUAAGGUGUAUUUAUCCUUGUGAUUUAGGCCUUGCCAGUUUUCUGAAGUCUCUGAUUAGUUGACAGUAUUAACACUAAAUUGCAGUUUACAGUAUUUCUACAUUACAGCCAUAUGUAACAUCAAGCCAUCGAUUGUGUAUUUUUCUUUGCUAGUUAUUUUGGCUUUACAUCCUUAUUCAGCCUUAUCCAGGUUGGUUUUGCUGUUAUCUGUCUCCUAGGCCAAAAGGCUUGCCUGAGGAGAAUCAGAGCUACUUUAGGUUUUGGUUAAUAGGUGCUUGGCAGGUGGCUGUGGGAUUUUUGUCCUUCUUUCCUCUCAACUUAAAUCACCACAAAAAUUAGUAAUCACUUUAAUAGAAACGUUAAACACCACAAAAAUAGAGAAAAUUCAGGUCUGUAUGUCAUUUAUUGUGUUGAUAUUUUCAGAGAAAUCCUGAUUUUUAAGCUGCCACAGCUCCUUCCUCAGGGAUUACGCUGCCAUCUCACUCUUCACUUGGGUCUUCCCCACUGUACCUUACGCCGAUGGCUCUCAGUUGGGUGUACCUUAAGGUGCGCCACUGUACCUUGUGCUCAUGGCUCUCAGAGAAGCUAAUGGGUUGUAGAAGCUGGGAGAUCAUUUUGAGAAAGUUGGUGGUGCAGUGUGUGAAAAUUCAGGUGCUAGAAGCUUACUGGUGGAAAAAUCCAGAAGGAAGAGCUCUAUUCAUAAACAUUCUGUCCAAUUUCGGGAGCCUUGUAAGUGUGUCAGUUUUUCCUCCCUGAAGACACUCCUUCCCCAAGUAAUUGUUGUAGGAAGAUAAACUAAAAUCAGCAGAUAAUAAAUACUUAAGUCCUAUUUGACCAAAACUUUUUCUAUAUGUUUUUUUCUUUUUAAUGGAAGCAUAGAAGUUGGAGAUUCAUUUGUCUCUUGUGCAAUCAGUGCACAUUUUGGAAUUGAAGGAAAGAAACUACAUUGCUAUUUCCACAAAUUUGUUUUCAGUUAGCCUUGGGGCCUUCGUUCUUGUUUUGGAUAAAUCUGUCUGAAAACAUGACCUGUUGAGUGUGUGUUCAGCCGUUUUUAUAAGAUCAGUAACUGUGAACUCCCGAGAUAGGUAACGACACCAGACUUGUUUUGUUUGUUUUAGUCAGGCAAGGAGAGAUAUGAAUGAUAAUUGAGGAAAAACUGACAGUUGCUUUUGCUGAUUCUAAAAUUGGGCUUACAAGUAUGAAGUGAAUACAUUUAACAGGAUCCAGGUGACAGUGAAGAUAGAAGAAUGAUGGUGAUACUCUGUAAUAUUGCACAGUUUGCCCAGCAUGACUUUCCUUAGAAGGUUCCCUCCACAUGCUAGAGCAGAAGUCCCAAUUACCUGAACCUACCAGAAGAACUAACAGAGGAAAGCUUACCAGCUUUUGUGCCGUUAUCGGGGCCUACAGUCAAUGCCAUGGAUGGGAAUAGAUUUGGGGGGGUAGGUGGGGCUUUCCUUAACUUCUCUUCAUGUCCCGUGAGCAGUGUUGUGUCCUUCCUUGUAGCAUUUGGAAAUGAUUUACUGGAAUUACAAAACCUAUUUUUCUUUUAAAUUUCAGCUUUGGCUCUGGCUGCUUUUUAGAAUAAUGCAAGAUAAAAUCAUACCUGAGGGCUGAAAAUGAAGAGGGAGUGGGAGACUUGAUAUUUAAGCAGCUUGAAUGGUUUCUUUUCUUUCUUUAUUUUUAAAGAAAUGCACUUGCCUAUGAUACUGUCUCCCCAGUGAAAUGGUUACUCCUCCAUUACUCUAUUGAUACAAUAUUGUGCAUGCUAGUGUUGUAUUUCUAUACAGUAGCUUGAAAUUUAUUAACUUAUACUGUAGGUGUUAUGUAUUCCUAUGACAAAAAAUUAAGUCUUCAAAUUUUUUAAAGUUUUUUUAAUUUAAUUUUUUCUUUUGGGGGUAAAGUUUGCUCUACCAAAUAGUGAUCGUAACAAAUUGAUCUGUUUUGGAUGUUGCUAUAGUGACAUGCAGUUAUAUAUUUUGUUUUUAAAGGGUGGGGGGGGGGAGCAAAAGAAACACCAGUGUUAGCUUAAUCUUAAUGUCUGGUGUUUGUCAUGGUGAAAUUAUAACUAUUACAGUGUAGGAGAACAAUGACUAUGUUCUCUGAAUGAGCCUUUGUGCUUUUUGUCAUGUUAUGCAGUGAACUAUUUUUAAGGUCUAAUCAGUGAUUAUUUUUCCAACUCCGUGUUUCUCUAAGGAAUUAUUUCACACACGGACCAUUCUUAGCAGUUUUCCUCAGUGAUGGAAUAUCAUGAAUGUGAGUCAUUAUGUAGCUGUCGUACAUUGAGCAAAUAAACUUACAGAUCUGAU